GAUCAGAAGAAAAAGAAUUCACUAAAUAGAAUUACGAAACGACAUCGUUAUGUCCAGUCUCUCUUAGGAGCAGAUGAUACAAAUGAAACGUUUCAAAAGUUAGAGCAUCCUUUCAUAUCAGUGAUCAGUCAGUCUCCUUGUGCAGCGGCUUCGUAGACUGGGUGUAUCUAUCUAUCGAGUGAGAAUUAUGAGCAGCAAUAGCAGUAGCAGUAGCAGCAACAAUGAAGUAGAAGAAGGGGAAGACUUAUGGGCCAAAGUUAAAAAAGCAGCAGAUGAUCUCUACACUAUUCGCGACACUUUUUUCCCAUUAAACCCAGUUGAUAAAACCUCCAAAUUACACUCUCAGUCUGAUCUCUCUCUCCACCUCCUUGAUUCCAUUCCUCUUGAACAAAGGAAAACGCCUGUGCAACGAGCAAAAUAUGAAUAUUUAAGAGGAAAGAUAUUGGAUGUAUUCCCUGAAUACAGGAAAGAAGCAGAGGACCAUCUCUCAAAAGCUGUCAAGUUGAAUCCAUCUCUUGCUGAUGCUUGGCUAUGUUUGGGUAACUGCAUUUGGAAGAAGGGAGAUUUACCUUCGGCGAAGAAUUGUUUCAGUCUUGCACUAAACAAGGGUCCAAACAAAAAGAUUCUGUGUCUAUUGUCAAUGCUUGAAAGAAGAAUGGCCCAAGGUGCUGAAAAUCAGGCUGAACUUGUAAAAGAAAGCAUUCGACAUGCAAAGGAUGCUAUCGCUUUAGAUGUAAAGGAUGGUUACUCUUGGUACAACUUAGGAAAUGCAUUGCUGACAAGUUUUUUUGUGACUGGAGCAUGGGAUCACGGCAUGAUGCUACAAUCUUUAAAAGCAUACCAGAAUGCUGAGAAAGAUGAAAGAAUGCAAUCCAAUCCCGACCUAUAUUUUAAUUCUGCCACAGUCAACAAAUAUUUAGAGAACUAUGAGAGGGCCCUUAGUGGGUUUGAAGCUGCUGCCUUAAAGGAUCCUAGUUUAAAUGCUACUGAAGAGGUUGAAAAGAUGGUUAAUCUUCUGGAUAAGUUAGAGAACUUUUUGAGGGGACAAGCUAAAGCUAAAAGACUCACAUCUGUGGCAUCAUCUUUGGCAGCCGUUAAUUUGAAUUCAUCUUUCAAAAGAGCCACUGUUGAUCUGUUGUCGAAUGGCCUCAAUAAAGCUGUAUCAAUUGUUGGAAAAGUGCUUUUCUUCAUUAAGCAUGAGAAUGUCACUCCCCUAUAUUACUUGGUGUGUGAUUCAAACCAAAUAUGCUUUGUUCUAUCAGUGUAUGGCAUAAGCAAUGAUGCGAUAAAAGAAGGAGAUCAACUAAUACUUCUGGAGCCGUUUUACCAUUAUACUGAUUUUUUUUGGAAGGAAAAGCAUUACCAUUUCAAAUCAAUUCGGGUGGAUUUCAUAGAGCAAGUUCUUGUAAAUGGAAAAGCUCUCUCGCCACAUCAUGCAGUUCGGUCAUCAAUUUAUGCGCAACAUAAACCAUGAACAGUUGUUUCAAGUAAUGGACUUGUGACUUUUAUGCUUGUAAUGAGGUUUUGCUGAUAUUCUGAUUCAUUUGUUUGAAUGUUGUUGUAAAUAGAAUAGGAGAUGUAGAAAAAGUUAAAAGACAAAGAUGUGAGCUAAAGUUAAGCGGGUUUUCCAAUCAAGAAAAGGAAUCAAAAAUUUCUACUA